GAUCUUGUGUUGACACGACUAUUGUUGACCGAGCGAGAGUGUGAACAUCACCGCUUCCCCCCUCCGAAAUCAUUCCUAUCGUCAUCGCCCCCUCCCCCCAGCCCCGAGUAUCAGCCGCAAAAACAACAAACAAUUCGUCAUGACCCGAGUCUCAUACACCAAAAUCACACCUCUACCCUCCAAUGUACCGCGCCAACUCGCCGUGGAGCUGCUCCACGCGCACGAAGAAGUCAUCAAACUCAAUCCCCUCGUAACGGGAGUCAAAGGCAUCGAAACCCCACGCGACAGUCCCAACGACGAGUACUUUUCGCAAUGGUACGAGAUUUCCGAAAUUAUCACCUGGGGCUUUGGGAUGAAGAAGAAGAUUCUCUUCAAGGGAGUUUUUCACGAUCAGCCAUGGGGCAUGCAAUCGCAUGUGUAUGCGCCCAUGGGCGUGGACUUGAGGAAUAAAUAUCGUAUUGGUGGGAAUCAGCCGGGGGAACCGCGAGAGCCGAGGGAGUUGGGCGUGGAUACGCCGCUCGAUGGAUUGUAUUUGAGAGAGGAUGUGGAGAUUGUGUGCAAUAUUGCUUUGGCGAGCUUCGUCAAGAAGGAAACCAAGGAUGCGACGGGGAAGAUGAUUGCUCGACUGGCCAAGAAGGCGGAAUUGCUGGAUGAAGGCAAGCUGCAUGCCAUGUUCGAGAAUGGCAGACUGAAAACGGCGAAACCGAGCGCCUUCAGCGACCGUGGUGACGAUGCGCACAGUCUCGCGCCGAGCAGUCCUGGUGCGUUCCCCUUUGCGCCAGGAAGUCCGAGCCCAAGCAUGUCCUCUGCAGGUUUCGGGCCCCGACUAGAUCAGCGUGGCUACGGGAAUUAUCACGAGAUUAGGAGGUCUUCGAGUCAGUACGGCGGAUCGAGUCAAUAUGCGCCUGCAUACCAGCAACAAGGCUACAACGGUCCAGAAAACACACGACCUGGUGCAUCACAUAACAUGCCCAUGAUUAAUGAGCUCCCAGGCGAUUACUACCAACAUCAAGGCCUACAACCUCACCCAUUGAAGCCACAGGGCCAGGUCUUCCGCUCAGAACUCCCAGGCGACAACAGUUUCAGUACGGGGACCGGAACACCCUCGCCUCAGCCAUCUCCAGGCCAAGCACCCGCAGAUUUCGAAAAGGGCCCGAAUCGGCAAUACCACCCAUACGCGACUCCACCUCAGCAAUACGCGAACGAGCGCAAUCAUAGUGUUUCCACACAAGGCGGUUACCACGCCUACGCGAACUCCGACGUCUCCCAGCGCAACUUCAGUAUGCACGGCAGUCCUCGCCAGAAUCCAUCCGACUGGCAAAGUCAACAACAGUCUCAAUACUACAACGGCAACGGCGUCGGUCAAGCCAUCUCCACAGACGAAGGCCUGACCGCUCAUCGAUAUUCCGACCCCAACGGUCCUCCCUAUCCCAGCUCGAGACCUCCAAGCGAAUUGCAGUCGGAACCCGAUCAUCAGCGGUUCUCGCAAAUGAGCGUACAGAGUGGAACUUCUUCUUCACAGCAACAAGCCGCGCAAAGUAGUGAUAACGCUCAACCGACCAUUCCCCCUCGAGACCCCAGGCGUGGUAGUAGUGCUGUCCGGUCGCAGUCUUCUCACGAGGGAAGCGUCUCUUCCAAUCGAGGAGGAGGAGGAGCAACUACUGAUACCCACGACAAAACUCCUUCUGCAGCAACUUGUCCCGUCUGUGGACUCUUCGAAGGCGAUGAAGCCGCUGUGAGCCAUCAUGUCAGCAAGGCGCAUUUUGCAUGACGAUUCGGCUGAUUUGGCUUCCUCUUGCUCUUCCUCUACUUCUUCUCCUUGUUCUUCUUCUUCUUCUUCUUGAAUUUCCUAAGAGAGGGAAAACCCAGUACCACCUAAGCAACGAUUUUAACGAACAACUAGGUGGAUGUUUUUUUCAAGUGUUUACGAGUGUUAUGAAGGAUGAUGGAUGAGAUGACCUUUUUUUGCGUAUUGUUUGGGAGAGGAAGGAGGAAGGAAGGAAAGAAGGAAGGAAGGAAAGAAGGAAGGAAAGAAGGAAGGAAGGAAGGAAGG